UCUAAUGCAUCUCUGCAUCUGCCCCGUGGAGCGGAACUGAACUGUGUCGGCUAGAGGAGAGGUUGGUUCCAGCUCUAGAUCUCCAGUCAGUAGCUAUCUUCCCCCCCAGCCAGUCAGUAGCUGUCUCCCCCUCUCUCCCCCCCAGCCAGUCAGCCUGAAGUUGGACAUCAUCCCACCACCCCACAUCCACAACAUGAGCGGAAAACGGAAACUGAGUUUCAAGUGGUUUGGGAGUCUCUCCAACCUAUCCUUUCGGCGUGGAUCAUCGUCAGAUAAAUCUCCCUCCAAGUCUGACGGGGGCAGAGCUCUGGAUGUGGUAUCCUCCCCCGACGCCGCGGAGACGUCUGUUGACGACAUGGAUAUGACUCGUCCGCGCACCUCCAGCUACGCCCGCUCCAGCGACAACUACACCCACAUGGGCACCUUGCCCCGCCUCCUCCUCAGGAAGAGAGACAAGAGUGGGAAUUCUGUGAAAGGAGGAACCAAGAAGGGGGCGGGGCUGGGCAGGAGUCAGAGCCAGCGGCCGGGAGGGGACCAUGUCUGUAGCUCUCCCCUUCUCACAGCUCUAUCUAGCAAGCCUGGCUCCAGACAGGACGAGCCUCGCUCACCUCUAUCCAGCCAGGCUGGUCCUGGUCCAAAGACCCAACAGGCCCAGGGGCUGCCUCCCAUCCCCAGAGGGGGAUCACUCAGUAGAAGUAAACACAAAGACCCACACGCUCACUGUGAGGAAGGAAAACCACAGACAAGUCAGCUAAUGUCAGCUCAGGCUGUGGGGUCUGCUUCCUCCUCUACCGCCUCGUCACUUGUCUGUGAUGACGUCCCUGAAGGAAACACAGUCACCACUGAUCAGGGUGUUCCAUCUCCAGAUACAGCAUCAACUGGUGGGGCCAGAAGGAAUCUUUCUUCUGUUCCUGGUCAGUCAGUUUCCAUGUCCUCACAGAGCCAGGUGAACAUUCAGACAGAAGAGCCAUCUCCAACCCCUAAGGUUCCUAAGAAAUCCCUGCCUGGGACCCAGGUCACCCAGCAUUGUGAGGAGGGCUUCCCCAGGGACAGCGCUGAUAACCUAGGGACAGACAGUAACUCCAGCUCCCUGCCUGAGAUGGCCUCCUGUGGUUCUAGUGGAAGACACCUUCAGAGGGAAACUCAUCCUGGUGAACCUGUGAACAGCCACAUGGACCCAACAGACAGCCAGGGUGAAUAUGUCAAGUUCUCCAAGGAGAGGUACCUGCUGGAGUCUGCACCAGAGAAACUACACACGGAGCUGGAGGAGGAGCUGAAACUCUGCAGCAGCGAUAUCAGGAGCCAUGGCUGGUACCAUGGACACAUCCCACGAGAGGUGUCGGAGACGGUGGUGCUGCGAAACGGUGACUUCCUGAUCCGUGAUUCGCUGAUAAACGUGGGCGACUAUGUCCUGACGACCAGGUGGAACUAUGAGGUUCUGCACUUCAAGAUCACCAAGGUCCUGGUCAGGUCCAGCACUGAGUCUAAGGUCCAGUACCUGUUAGAGAAAGACAGUUUCGACUCCAUACCUGAGCUGAUGAGGUACUACGUGGCCGGACGGCGACCUGUCUCCCAGCCCAGCGGAGCCCUGAUCUACUGUCCAAUCAUACGCACCCUCCCCUUGCGUUACCUGGAAGCAACGUUUGCCUUAGCCAAUAGCAGACAUGGCCUAGCCCACUCACCAUCCAGUCAGAAAGGAGCGUACAUCAAGAGGCGGAGCGUGACCAUGAACGACGGAUUGACCACGGACAAGCUGAUACCUCACAGUGACGUGGAGUCCAUCAGUCCAGUGGAACCACCAGUUCCCCCAGUCCCAGUACCAGUCCAAGUACCUGCAUCAAUACCAGUAGCAGUACCAGUUGUUCCAAAGCCAGAAGUGGAGGCUGCUGUCGUGGGGUGCAGGUGCUCCUCUACUAUUCACAAAGACGCCAUGAGGAACUGUGCUCUGAGUAUGGACCUCAUCCAGGAGUAUCGCCGUCCUCCUUUAGGGGAGACACCUCUCUCCCCAGCCUACAGCCACAUCCACAGACACAGAACCCAGUCAGGGGUUAGAGUUCUGGCCGUGGUGCCCCCCUCUCCAGUCCUGAGACACUCCAGCGACCCCCAGCUCAGCCCAGGCUCCAACAACAACCUACCAGACAUGCUAGCAGCCAGCUCCCACUCCACCCCGGGCCCCUGCUCCUACGAAACCCCAGCAGAUGGCUCCGAGACGGGGGGCAGCUACUGCGACUUACGGCCCACACCGGCCCUCUGUCCUAAGGCUCCCUGUGCCGCCGGCAUGCACCCCACACCUCCCACUAAGAGCUACGUGGAGAGGCUGCGUGUGGAGGAGGGCCAUGGGCCUACCCCAGGGAGGGAGAAUGGGGCUGGAGAAGAGGUGUUCAUCGCCCCCCUAGUGGAGACAGCCUCCUCCUUCAGACCAGGGAAGUACCUCUCGCCACUGAUGCCCCAGGAGAACAAGCCCUUAGAGAUGAGCAUUCUGAAGAGGGUUAAAGAGCUUCUGGCGGAGGUGGACGUUAGGACAGCUGCUAAACACAUCACCAUGGCUGACUGCACGGUUGCUAGGAUACUGGGUGUUACCGAGGAGAUGCAGAGGAUGAUGGGAGUGGGCUCGGGACUGGAGUUGUUGACUCUUCCUCAUGGACACCAGCUGAGACUGGACCUACUGGAGCGGUUCUAUACUAUGUCUAUAAUGACAGCUGUGGACCUGCUGGGCUGUACCGGCAGUAAAGAGGAGAGGGCUGCUCUGCUCCAUAAGACCAUCCAGCUGGCUGCUGAACUCAAGAGCAACCUGGGGAACAUGUUUGGCUUCGCCGCUGUGAUGAGAGCACUGGAGCUACCACAGAUCUCUCGUCUGGAGCACACGUGGAUGACGUUACGUCAGAGACACACAGAGGGGGCCAUCCUCUAUGAGAAGAAGCUCAAGCCGUUCAUGAAGAACAUGAACGAUGGCAAAGAGAGCACUAUGCUGUCCAACACCUCCUUCCCUCAUGUGGUUCCUCUGCUGUCUCUGCUGGAGAGGAGUGUGAUCGUGGGGGAGGGGCCAGGGGCGGGGAUGGAAUCCUGGGAGAAAGUGGAGGCGGGGGUUGACGUGGUGAUGUCACACCUGGAGGCGGCCCGGACCAUCGCACACCAUGGGGGGCUGUAUCGCACCAACGCUGAGACCAAACUACAGGGCUUCCAGGAGAGGGAGGAGGUUCUGGAGAUCUUCCGGACAGAGUUCCAGAUGAGGUUGCUAUGGGGAAGUCGGGGGUCGGAGGGCAGCCAAUCAGAGCGCUAUGAGAAGUUUGACAAAGUUCUGACCGCUCUGUCUCACAAGCUGGAACCUCUUGUACGCCACAGUGAACUAUAGCACCCAUCUCACCGAACACCCCUAUACACAGCAUUCACAGUGGUAUCGCCCGUCUCCCCACACUGCUGCUGGAUGAUUCCAAUGUGAGGGGAGGAAGCAGCUAACAGAGACAAGAGAAUAGACUGAGAGAAGACGAGGGUACGCUAGGAGAGAAGGAGCGUCUCGCUGUAUAUCCCCAUAAAAGUCAUAAAGGGCUUUUUCAGAGCUCUUAAACUGCGUGGGAUGUUACAUAUUCUGCCUAUCUUCGAAGUACAGAUAAUUGUAUGGUGUGCGCUUAGGGUCAAACAACACAGGGGAGGGAGUAUAAGGAAGACAAAGCUCUGGUUUGUCUAAAACCUCCCUCACUAGUACUGUCACACUCUGUAGUAUCACCAACUUAAAGAGACAGUAAUAUUUAAAACAAUGUUUGUGCUCUUCAGGACACCUGUAUAAAAUAUAUACAACUAUCUAUCUCUAUGACCUGUGUCACCAGACCUCAGCUUCAGACUGAGAGGUAGUGUGUUCUGAAAUCUGUUGUUCUUGUAUAGACUCUCUGCAUGUCUGCCAUUCAUUCCAUAUUCCAUCACGUCCCCUGCUGAUGACACCUGCAGUGUGCUCAUACAGCUGGUCUCUUAUCUAUCUGUUUUGAACAAGUCAUAAUAUAUGUUAUGUUUCCAAAUCACAUCAGCUGUCUGAGGCGUACUGUGCUCUGCCUAAAAGCAUUUUCUCUCUGUGGACUUUGUUUGUGUGCUGUUCAGUGGCAGUUGUCUUACAUGAGAGCUCUUCUGAGAAGCAUUCACCCUCCCUCUUCUUUUCUCCGCUUCUGGCAUGUCAUAAAUGUUUCUCAAAUCAAAACAAAAUCAAAUUGUAUUGGUCACAUGCACAUAUUGGGCAGAUGUUAUUGCGGGUGUAGUGAAAUUCUUCUGACAUGUCAUUAAUGUUUCUGGCAUGUCAUUAAUGUCAUGUCAUUAAUGUUUCUGGCAUGUCAAUAAUGUUUCUGGCAUGUCCUUAAUGUUUCUGGCAUGUCAUUAAUGUUUCUGGCAUGUCAUUAAUGUUUCUGGCAUGUCAAUCAUGUUUCUGGCAUGUCAUUAAUGUUUCUGGCAUGUCAAUAAUGUUUCUGGCAUGUCAAUAAUGUUUUUGGCAUGUCAAUAAUGUUUCUGGCAUGUCAUUAAUGUUUCUGGCAUGUCAAUAAUGUUUCUGGCAUGUCAA